AUGGGUCAGAAUGAAUAUUUUAUAACCUGGCAUCAGGGCGGGUAUAAAGAGUCGCAGCGCUGGAGCACAAGGAGCAUUAACACGAUCUUCAUCACCAUGACCAAAGUCUGCCUCGUCCUCAUCAGCGCCACCUGCUGUCUGUCAGCUGCUCUCUCGUGCUGUGAUGAGUCGCUCGAUCGGCGCUCCGUACACACGGCCAUCAUCAAAACCCAACAGGAGAAAGACCUGAUCGAGGCUCUGCAGGAGGUUCUUCAGAAAUUACAGAACAAACAACUACCAAACACCACGAAGAAAUUCGGCCAACUUCCCUCUUGUGAUGCGGGUGAACCGUGUGCAGCACGUAAGGGGGCGAGGGUGGGCAAACUGUGUGGCUGCCCCCCCGGGACCACCUGCGACUUCUUCAUCAUGAAGUGCGUCUGA